AUGAUCUCCGACGCCAUUAAGGUUGCCGUUUACGGCGCCGCUGGCGAGUCAGCGGGCCUGAUCGUAGAUCAGCUUCUCGCAUCGACCACUUCAUGCUUUGAAGUUACAGCUCUGGUCCGGCCCUCUUCAAUAUCGAAGCCGGCCUAUGCUAAGCUGGCUCAGCGCGGCGUCGAAAUCGUAGCUAUCGAUCUGGAAGGACCAGAAGUUGACGCUGCCAGGGUUCUAGAAGGCCAGGAUAUUGUUAUUGCGUCUGUGCCUCCCAAUGCGCUCGAUUCGCAACUGCCCCUGAUCCGAGCUUCCAAACUGGCAAACAUCAAACGGUUCAUCCCAACUGCUUUUGCGAUGGCUCUCGACCCAAAAGGUAUCUCAUCUGUGCAAUCCAUGAAAGAGAAGAUCUACAAAGAGCUUGAAUCAUGCGAAAUUCCAUACACCAUCAUUGACGUCGGGUGGUGGUACAACGGCUUCAUACCUGAGGUGCCGUCCGGGAAAACUGAUCAUGCCAUUGCGCUUCCGGACUUCCUCAGGAACUUGGUCCCUGGAGACGGAACAAUGAAAACCUAUGUAAUUGACAACGAAGACGUCGGAAGGUUUGUCGCUCGCAUCAUUGUUGACUCCAGGACUGUCAAUAAGCGGGUUAUGGCUGCGGGAGCAAGCAUGUCUUUCAACGAAAUGUUUGCCAUUGCUGAAAAGCUCACAGGCGAUACUGUUACCCGAAAGCAUGUUUCGGCAGAAGAGCUCAAGUCCAUGAUCGUCGGCGCAGCCUCUCAACUACAAAGCGAUUCGAAUAACUAUUUUUUACUUGUCGGCAAGCUGUGGCUGGAAUAUUACUACUCCUCUUUCAUCGACGGCGACAAUAGCCCGGAGGGUGUCAAGCGCUUGGGCUACAUCGUGGCUGGAGAUCUGUACCCCGAUUUCAAGCCGACCACCUUCCGAGACUUCUUCCAAGAGACCUUAGAUGGCAAGAGACGAAUCCCAUAUUCUACGAAAUAA